AGUUUAUCUAUACCGAAAGGCGAAAACACUUGAUGUUAUACUUUUUGUGAAAAAUGUUCGUUACAAAUGUUCUUGCUGCUAUAGCUUGCUUGCUACUGUUGAGAUUCUAUCUUCACUUCAAGAAUAUAUAUCGAUAUUGGCAAAACAGGGGUUUGAAGGUUAUUGAACCUAUUUAUUUUCCAUUCGGUAACUUUUGGACUUUCAUAAAGAGGGAUAAAGGCGUUGGCCCUAUACUUGCGGAAUGGUAUGAAGAAGUGGAUUCUGAAGUUAUUGGAUUGUAUGCUUUGAAUGAACCGAUUUUACUAGUAAAGGAUCCAGAUAUAAUAAGGGAUAUUCUGGUGAAGGAUUUCAACAGUUUCACGGAUAGAGGAGUUUACAUGGACAAGAAUGACUCUUUAACAGGCCAACUGUGGAAACUUCCCGGACAUAAAUGGAAACCUUUGAGAACUAAAAUGUCGACUUGUUUCACCAUCGGUAAAUUGAAAAUGAUGUUCUCAAAUCUACUGAAUGCCGGUGAAGAGAUGGAGAUUUUUCUGGAAAAGGCAGCUGCAGCAGAAUCCAUUGAUGUGGACGAUCUAUGUAAAAGAUUCACAGCGGACAUAGUAGCACAGUCAAUAUUCGGCGUAGAAGUAAAAAGCUUCAAGGAUAAAGACAAUGACUUCUUGAAAAUGCUCAAGUGCUUGACGACGGGUUUCAACAGGAAGAAUAUGAUCAAAUUCAGUCUUCAGAUUGUGGCGCCUAAAUUUUACGAUUUCUUCAGCUUCGUGAAGUUUGAGACAGUAAAUCAGGUAGCUAUUUCUUUCGUUUACAAGAUGGUGGAGAAAAUAAUGGAAUUCAGGGAGGCGACUGGGGCUGUUGGAAAGGAUAUGAUGCAGCUUCUGAUCCAACUGAAGAAAUUCGGGAAGGUGGACGCAGAGAAUGGCGAGAAAUUACCUGAUUCAGACGUAUGUUUAACAAUGGAUGAAGUGGUAGCCCAAGCUUACACUUACUUCUUCACUGGCAGUGAAACAGCAUCAUCCACUUUGACGUUGCUCCUCUACGAAUGCUCAUUGAACCAAGAUAUUCAGAGGAAAGUCCAGGAAGACAUCGAUAAAGCUCUCUCUUCUUCCGGUGGACAAAUCACCUACGAGGCAAUACUCGAGAUGAAAUAUUUGAAUAUGGUUGUUUCAGAAACUCUCAGAAAGUACCCAAUCCUGCAAUUUCUCAUGAGGAAAUCGGUGGAGGACUACAAAUUGGAAAAGAUAGGUUUGGAACUGGAAAAGGGAACUAGAAUUUAUAUUUCAGUGCAGGGUCUGCAGCGGGAUCCUAAAUAUUAUCCUGAUCCAGAAAAAUUCGACCCAGAGAGAUUUUCGAAGGAGAAUCAAGCCAAUAGGCAUCCCAUGACAUAUAUGCCUUUCGGUGAAGGACCAAGAAACUGUAUAGGAAAGAGAUUGGGUUAUUUUAUGGUGGUAGUUGGGGCUAUACACAUAUUCAGAAACUUCAAUCUGAGUACUUUCGAGGACAUCGAGGUGCCAUUAAAGCUGAAUCCUUAUUCAUAUACCAUAAGGCCAGUUAAUCCAUUGUUACUCAAAGUAUCGCAAAGGUGAUUUCGAAACUGUUACGAAAAAUGGAAUUUUGAAUAAAUCUUGAAGUUUUCCUGA